GUCACGGCUGUCAGGCGCAAAGGUAUCGUUAGCUAUUCAUGCUUUCAUCGUGUGUAUUAUUCGCCAGAAUAACAAUCCUCCAUACCUGUCAAUCCAUUCAAUAACUACUCAUUGUUGAUGAGUUCCCCUUGUCCAAUGGAUCUGCCACGUGUUCUGAUUGUCAGCUCCCAAGGGGAUAAAGCCAUUAAUUUAGCAAAAGAUAUUGGGGGAAAUCUCCUCGCUGAAGACGACAAAGCGAAGUAUUUUUCAUGGGAUAUUGAUAAUAAAUAUUACACAGCACAGACACUCUUGUGCAUCACUCAUCAGUUACCGCUGGAGAUACCUGUGGAUGGGAUCGAGGCGGUGAUACUCUGUUAUGAUCCGAAGGAAACUGAACAAAGUCUGGGAAGUUACGUUGCACUUGCUGAGAGCUUGAUGGAUGCUGAUGUCUUGCUGUUGGCUUGUGCCAGCUUUCCCGAUGCUAACAAAAGAGAUGAAGCAACUGAGUGGUGCCAUGUUCAUAAAUUCGAACUUGUGGACAUGGAACUACCUGGGGACUCUUCAGAAAGUAUGGAGGAGGAUAUCCAGCACGAGAAUCAUGGAAUUAACAGGAUCAUUGAAGUUUUGCACACACAUUGUUGGCCAAAUAGAAAAUUGAAAGGAUUAAAUGGUGGCAGAAUUUCGGCAUCAAAUGAAUUAGACGUGGAUGAUAUCGAAAGUCAGCUGGAAAAUAUUCGCCUACAGGCAAAUCGAGAUCCAGUUAAUAAUCUAUUGAUGGAGGGUGUCUUAGACGGUAUAAUGGGUGAGGAGAAUGCGGAUUUCGGUGAAUUAUUCAGUCAAUUAAUGGCAAUGAAGGAGCACGCAGCGUCUUUAUCAACAAGCAAUCGUAAAGCAGCCGCUGAACAACUGGUUACAGCUUUCUGGAGGAGUAUCGGUGGAGAUCUUGCUGAAAUUGAGGGCUUAGACUCGUAGACAUCACCACAAAUUCCAUGAAAAUAGUCUAAGAAUCUUCAAUUGUUCCGAAACUAAUUGAAAAUCGUUGUGAACAAAUAACAUAAUUAUGUAAAUUAUAUAAUCAUCGUGUAUGAAUCGUUUCAAAGUCAUUUACAGUCUCGAGAAUUAAUUUAACAGAAUUUAAAAAAUAAUCAAUAAAGAUGAAUUUCAUGAAA